ACAAAAUUAGUUUUUUUGUGGACUCUUUUUCUUCUUCAUUGCAGGUUUUGAGGAGAAUCGUGUCGGCUAAAUUUGUGUCAGACACACCUCACUCUCUUUGCAAAGUCUUCGUCUUCUUCUUCUUCUUCUUCCACCAGAGACAAUUCGAUCAGGGACGAAAUCAAUUUUCCCUUUUUGGGUUUUCUUCUUAUUGACGCGAAGAUAUUUCACACAAUCUAUCGAGAAUGGAUGUUUGCUUGAGCUAUUCAUAUAAUAUGGAUGAUGAGAUUGCGAAAUUCAUCAGAAGAGUGAAUCCACCUAGGGUUGUGAUCGAUAACGAAGUCUGCAAAGAUGUCACUGUCAUCAAGGUGGAUAGUGCGAAUAAACAUGGAAUACUUCUGGAGGUUGUUCAAGUUUUGACUGAGCUUAAUCUCACUAUUAAGAAAGCUUAUAUCUCCUCUGAUGGUGGUUGGUUUAUGGAUGUUUUUAAUGUUACUGAUCAAGAUGGGAACAAAGUUACCGAUGAAAUCGUUCUUGAUUAUAUCCGUAAAUCUCUUGGUCCUGAUGAGUCUUCUUGCUUCAGUCCAUCGAUGAGAUCAACCAUUGGGGUUAAACAAUCUGUCGACUACACUGUGAUUGAGCUAACAGGAACUGACAGACCUGGUUUGUUGUCUGAGCUAUGCGCUGUUCUUAUGGACCUCCAAUGUAAUGUGGUAAACGCUGAAAUUUGGACACAUAGAGCAAAAGCAGCAGCGGUAUUACAAGUAACCGAUGAAGAAACCUGCUCUGCGAUCACUGAUCCAGAGAGGUUAUCCAAAAUCAGGAAACUUCUUGGUUAUGUGCUUACAGGGGGAAGCAGUGGCAGAAGAUUCCGUGAACCGAAGACCACGGUUUCUUCUGCUCUCGAUGACACUCACACGGACCGUAAGCUUCAUCAAUUGAUGUUUGCAGAUAGAGAUUACGAUGAAUGGGACAAUAAUGUUGAUGAUGAGGAUAAAUGUGGGAGAGUAGUUCCAGAUGUGGAUGUAUCCAAUUUGCAUGAUUUGGAUUACUCAAUUGUGAUGAUCAAGUGUAAAGAUAGACCAAAGCUUCUUUUCGAUACCGUCUUCACUUUGACAGACAUGAAAUAUGUGGUUUCACAUGCCAGCAUUGAUGCUGAAGGCCCCGAAGCUUAUCAGGAGUACUACAUAAGACAUACGGAUGGAUCUCCAGUAAAAUCCGAGGCAGAAAGACAGCGAGUGAUCAAAUGUCUAAAAGCAGCAAUCCAAAGAAGAGUCUCUGAGGGCUUGAAGCUUGAGCUUUGCACUUCAGAUAGAGUCGGGUUACUCUCGGAUGUGACUCGGAUUUUCCGCGAAAACAGUCUUACAGUCACAAGAGCUGAAGUGAAAACAAAAGGAGACAAAGCUCUUAACACAUUCUAUGUAAGAGAUGCUUCUGGCUACCAAGUUGAUGCUAAGACCAUAGAAUCCAUUCGACAAGUCAUUGGUCAAACAAUACUUCAAGUGAAAGGCGGAAACACAGACGCAAAACCGAGUCCUCAAGAUUCACCAACAGGAUUUCUUUUCGGGGUAUUCAAGUCGAGAUCUUUCGUCAAUUUCGGGUUGAUCAGAUCUUAAAUCUUGAAAGAAGUGUUUCCUCUAUUUGUAAAUAACCAUAGUACAUUGUGUGAAUAUGUAGAUAAAGCUUUUAGGAAGAAAGUAAAGGUUAGAUUCUUUUACAGGGUUUUAUAGUAUAGAUUCUUGUGUAGUAAAUGUUGGUUUUAUAUUUGUGGAUGUAUAUAAAAUUGGAUUUUUCUU